AUGAAUCAUUGGUUAGCAUUUUUGAAUAAGCCUGAAUCCUUGAAGGAACAAAAUUCGGAUUGCGACCAGCAGGAGGAGAUGAGGAAUGUUACGGGUGGCACUCUAACAAAAUCUCCAGAAAAUAGGCCUUUUCGAGGACGGCGUUCACAAAGCUGGAUAGACUCAGAAGCACCGGCACCUAAAUCCACUGAAAAGACUAAUAUACAGGGAAAUGUAUCUUCUGAUAUUAUAUCUAAAUUGUCGAAUAGGCGUUCUCGAAGGAAUCGCUCAGAGAGUUGGGCAGGUUCAGAAUCUUCCUCACCGUCUGGAAACAUUAGCACAUUGAAAAACCCUACUGAAGGAAAUGCUCUAAAAUCACCAAAUAAAUUUCUACAAAGGGGCGGUUUACCAACAGUAGGGAUAGGCUCACAAGCUCUGUCACCUGCAGGAAAGCCUAGUACACUAGGAAAUGUGAGUCCCGGUAAAUUUACCACGUAUAAGGUACAAAAUAAUACAGAAGUGAAUAAAUUUUCUUCUACACCUUCGAAACUCCCCAUCAAUUCCCACAAACCCGAAACAGUGACAAAUGAUGUGCAUUAUGUUGUGAGCAGCAGGAAUUUGGAGGAAAACAUAGACGUUGCGCAUGUAGAGAACGUUUUUUGCUCAUCUAAAACAUCAGAUGAAGAGCAGUCCGAAUACAUGAAAUUAAGAGAAAUUAGGCUAUCCUCGUCCUCAUAUGGAGGGAGCAUUUCAAAGGAAAACGAUUUACCAAACAUAUUGGAGGAACUUCUGUCUAAUAAUAAAGAGAUCAAAGCAUUAAGGAAAAGACUUGAUGAAAAGGAUGACAGGAUUCAAGAACCAGUGGAACUUAAAGACUUGAAUGAUGCUAAACUUCGAAAAAUUGAACACUUACAAAAAGUAUUACAUGAUGAAAGGAAAGCUGCAUCAAAAAGGCUUCACAUCGUUCAAGAUCAGUUUCGUAAAGAAAUUACAAAAAUUAGAGAGGAAGAAGUUUCAAAAUUUCAAAACAAAAACGCUAGCAAGGAGGAGAGAAGUAACGUGGUAAGUGGUGUAACUAGGUGUAAAGCUUUCUCUCAAAGAAAUAUUUUAGUCUCGGAACUAUACAGGAAGCAAAGGCAAAUCUUAAGCUUGCAGCAAGAGAAUGAUAACUUCUUAAAAGAUAUUAAGGAAUCGAAAGAUUCUAUAGUAAAGAUACAGUCUGAAGUUGAAAUACUGAAAAGCAAUUUGCAACUGUCUCAAGAUGAAAAUAAAAAAUUAAAAGAUAAUGGUUCAUUUUACGAGAAAAGGUUAAAUGACGUUUAUAGCUAUAUGCAAAACCUUUCGCUUUUUGAAAAAGACUUUGGUAAGUUUAUACUAGAAGAAAUGAAACAUGGCCAUGCUCCUUCGAUGUUCCAAAGCCGUUUUACCAAGUUUUAUCCGGAUUUUCAAGAUAUUAAAAAUUUUGAAAACACGGAGCAAUAUAAGCAAUUAAAAGGAAAGAUACAACUUUUGGAAAAGAAUGAACGUAUACGUCUUGAAAAAAUUAUUUCUGUCUUUAAGCUAAUUAGUGAAAGAUUACAUUUUAUGCAACAACAGCAUGGUCAAAAAAUACAAUAUCUUCAAAAAGAAGCGUUAACAAAAGAACAGCAGUUUCGUUUGGAGAAAAGAAGAUGGCAUGAUAUUUUGAAUCUCAAGGAGGAGAACUCCCAAAAGCUGAAGAGUGAACUAAGUGAAAAAUUAAUACUAAGUGAAAAAAUUCAGAAAAAUGCAGAGGAUAAAUUAAACGAUUACAUGAAUGAACACAAAGAAAUUGUUGAGAAGCUUCAGAAUCAAUCUUUGGUUAUUGGAAAACUGAACGCUCAAAUUCAUGAGUCAGAUAACACACAUAGGAAAAUUACUGACGAGCUAGCUGGAAAACAAAGUGAAAUACUCAAACUCAAAGAAACGAUUCGGUCACUCAAAGAAGAUGUACACCAAGAAAAGCUGAACUUGAAAAAGUUAUAUGGUGAUCCUUUUACCGAACUUAAUUUCGAAACCGUAGGAAAAUCUUUCCCACAUAUAACGAAGGAAAAAUACAACUCCUUGAGUCUUGAUAUUCUGACAGACCUCACCUAUGUGCAAUCGCAAAAUCUGAUAAAAAAUUUAUUAAUUGUGUUGGAUAUCCCACUAAAAACCUUCUUAAAAAUUGUACCAACAAUUGUCAUUCAACUUAGAUGUGAACUUACACUUCUCACAAAAUUUGCCAAUGAUUUGAACCUUAAAGUUUUUGGUAAACAGUUAGAUUUCAAAAGUAGAAGAAAGGUCGCGAUGAAUGAGUUUUUAAACAAUCAUGAUAUUGCUGAAGUAAAGCAUCCUCUUGAGUAUGAUUUGCAAGCGUUGUUUAAGUAUUUCUUUUCAUAG